AUGAAGCGGCAGAACGUGCGGACGCUGGCGCUCAUCAUGUGCACCUUCACCUACCUGCUGGUGGGAGCCGCCGUUUUCGACGCGCUGGAGUCGGAGGAGGAGACGGCGGAACGGCGGCGGCUGGAGGCGAAGAGCCAGGAGCUGAAGAACAAGUACAACCUCAGCGCCGAGAGCUACCGCGAACUCGAGUGGGUCGUCCUCAAGCUCAAGCCGCACAAGGCCGGCGUCCAGUGGAAAUUCGCGGGGUCCUUUUACUUCGCCAUCACCGUCAUCACUACUAUAGGUUAUGGCCAUGCAGCCCCCAGCACAGAUGGGGGGAAGGUCUUCUGCAUGGUCUACGCCCUUCUGGGGAUCCCCCUCACCCUUGUCAUGUUCCAGAGUUUGGGCGAGAGGAUCAACACCUUCGUCAAGUACCUCCUCCACCGCAUCAAGAAGUGCCUUGGCAUGAGGCGGGCAGAGGUCUCCAUGGCCAACAUGGUCACUAUCGGCUUCUUCUCCUGCAUCAGCACCCUCUGCAUCGGGGCAGCCGCCUUCUCCUACUACGAGCACUGGAGCUUCUUCCAUGCCUACUACUACUGCUUCAUCACCCUCACCACCAUCGGCUUCGGGGACUACGUGGCUCUGCAGAAGGACGAAGCCCUCCAGACCAAGCCGCAGUACGUGGCCUUCAGCUUCGUCUACAUCCUGACGGGGCUGACGGUCAUCGGGGCUUUCCUCAACCUGGUGGUGCUGAGGUUCAUGACCAUGAACGCCGAGGACGAGAAGCGGGACGCCGAGCACCGGGCGCUGCUGACCCGCAACGGGCAGACCGGGAGCAUCCACCCUGCCGAUGCCAGCUCGGCCGUGCCGGCGGCGGCGGGGGGUGGCGGAGGAGGCGGUGGCGGCGGCUUUCGGAAUGUCUACGCCGAAGUCCUUCACUUCCAAUCCAUGUGCUCGUGCCUGUGGUACAAGAGCCGGGAGAAGCUGCAGUACUCCAUCCCCAUGAUCAUCCCCAGGGACCUCUCCACCUCGGAUACGUGCGUGGAGCAGAGCCACUCCUCUCCGGGCCGCUGCCCCGAGACCCCUUCCAACAGAUGCUUCUGCAACGCCCGCCGGUCGGCCAUCAGCUCCGUCUCCACCGGGCUCCACAGCCUGACGGCUUUCCCGGGGCUCGUGAAGCGCCGCAGCUCCGUGUAG